AUGGAAGCAGAAGAGACGCAGCAGCAAAUCUCAUCAGCUCAAACAUUCCCCAAGACAGAAGACGGGCAAGAGGCAGGAGCUGCUGCUAACUCUCCUGUUUCUGCUGCUGCUGCUGCUGCUGCUGCUGCUGCUGCUGCUGCUGAUGCUGCAGCAGACCCUGCUGGCGCUGCUGAUGCUGCUGCGAGAAGCCAGCCCUCUGAGCCUCACCAGCAGAUCGAGGUAGAACAUAAAUCAUCAGCAACAGCAACAGCAGCAGCAGCAGCAGCAGCAGCAGCAGCAGCAGCAGCAGCAGUACGGGUUGGGGCAGUAGUCCCAGAACUGGAUACGGGAGACGCUGCGGCAGUGGCUGCAGCUGCAGCAACGCACGUUGCUGCUGCUGCUGCAGCUGCUGCUGCUGCUGCUGCUGUUGAGGACAUUGACAAUGACACGGUAGCUGCUGCUGCUGCUAUAGAGGAUACUGACAAUGACACAGUUGCUGCUGCUGUUGUUGCUGAGGAUAUUGGCAAUGAUGCAGUAGCUGCUGCUGCUGCUGCUGCUGCUGCUGCUGCCGCUGGCACCGAUACCGACAAUGAUACGGGGGCAGAAUUUGCUGCUGCUGCUGCUGCUGCGGAAGGCACUGAAGCGGUAGCGGUAGCUGCUGCUGCUGCUGCUGCUGUGGAAGACACGGACACGGAAACGGUAGCAGCAGCAGCAGCAGCUACUGCCGCUGCUGCUGCUGUCGUGGGAGGCAAUGAAAAUGCCGAAUUGUCUGCUGCAGCUGCUGCUGCAGCUGAGGAAAGCAAUCAACAUGAAGAGGCAUCUGCUGCAGCUGCUGCUGCAGCAGCAGAAUGGCCAGAAGCUGCUGCAGCUGAUGAGCAAGCAGCAGCAGCAGCAGAGUCGGAGGAAGCAUCUGGCUAUUCCGCAGCACAGGCUGCUGCUGCUGCUUCUGCUGCUGCUGCUGCUUCUGUUGCUGCUGCUACUGCAGGGGUGGCGUCUUUGUGGAACGCAACAGGUGCAGCAACUGCUGCAACUGAAAUGGUCUUUCAGGUUGCUGCUGCAGCAGCAGCAGAAACAGAAGCUGCAGCAGGCACUGCAGCAAACGCAGCAGCCGAUGCAGCAGCAGAGUUGCAAUCAGGAACUGCAGCGGCUGAGGCCUUGGGAGAGAGCGAAGCCAGCGCUUCAGCAGCAGCAGCUGCAGCAACUGCAGCACAGUACGUUACUGCUGCUGCUGCUGCUGCUGCAGAAGCAACGGAUCUAAAGAUGGCGUUUGCAGCAGCAACGCAGGAUCCUAACGGUAUUGAGCAGCAGCAGCAGCAGCAGCAGCAGCAGCAGCAGCAGCUGGACAUAGGACAGGUCCCCGUGACAGAAAGCUCACCAGCUGCUGCUGCAACUGCGGCUGCUGAUAUCGCUGCUGCUGCUGCUGCUGCUGCUGCACCGCACAGUGCAGCAGCAAUACCACGCAUACCAACAACAGACGAUGAAGCAGCAAAUGACGCAGCAGCAGAUGCUGCAGCAGCAAAUGCAGCAGCAGCAGAUGCAAACGAGUUAGAGUCCCACGGUGAGACUUGGCAACAGCAGCAGCAGCAGCAACAGCAGCAGCAGCAGCAAAUGGAAGAUGAAGACUUUUUCGAGGUGCAGCAUAAGACAACGUUGAAGGAAGAUUUUGUUUUUGAAGGCCAGCAGCAGCAGCAGCUGCUGCAGCAGCAGCAGCAGCAGCUGCAGCAGCAGCAGCAGCAGCAGGAUGUUGAGUCUUCAAGCGACGAUGAGCCCCUGGAUUUGCUCGCAAUUGAGGCGCAGCAAAAAGAGACACAAAAGCAGCAGCAAAAAGAUUACAGCAGACUUUGGAAGGUCUUUGGAAGACAAACAGACGCAGGACGGUUGUUGUUUCAGCUGUACGCAAGGACGCAGCCUCGUGGCUCACUGGGCUCCCGCAUUGUCCCUCUCCAUACGAAGACCUCUGGCAGCGGCCCGGCUCCGCUGCUGCUGCUGCGGGAGAGUGACUCUGCAGCAGCAGCAGCAGCAGCACGGCGCAGAGAGAAAGGAAAGGCUAGUUACAGGCAGGGCCUCGUGAACAUCCCCGUUGUGGGGCGGAAGCAAACAGCAGCAGCAGCAGCAGCAGCAGCAGCAGCAGCAGCAGCAGGUCCCCCCGCUGCUGCUGCUGCUGCUGCUGCUGGGCGCGUGCGGCGCCGACCGCUGCGGAAGACGCUGCAGCAAAUAAUGGCGGAGACGAAGCGCAGCAUGACGCUGGAGCAGCAGCAGCGGCAGCAGCAGCGGCUGCAGCAGCAGCUGCUGCUGCAGCGCAGCGACAGCUUCGACAGAGAAGCACAAAAAGAUGAACUAGCCAAAGUCUUUCAGCUGGGGGAAUGUUCUUUGCUGCCUCCGCAGGCCCGGCUGCCUUCUUUGGCUGCAGCACGAAAAAAAGAAUUCCUCUCGGGGACUAGCAGCUAG